AUGACAAACUUAAGAGUCGUAAGUGAAGAAGAAGGUUUAGAGUAUGCAGCCAAAUUUGGAGUAAGAUAUUUUGAAAUUUCUGCUAAAACCGGAGAUGGGGUUGCCCAGAUGUUUGAUUAUAAGCAUGUCUAUAAAUUUGUUUUUAUACAAAAAUAUUAUUUAUUAAAGCAAAUUUUGAUAAUUAAAAACUAUUCAGAAAAGGCAGAAUAUAUUUCCACAAAAGUUAUUGAAAGCAUGGAUAUCAUCCCGAAUUUUAUACAAAAGUCAAGAAAAAGCUUUUUAUUAGCAACUUCCGAGAGGCGAAAAAAUCAACCCAAAUCAGGCGGGUGCUGCAAAUAG